AUGCUCCUUCGAAGGGCCCCAACUGCCGCCUCAUCCAUGCCAAAAAAGCCGUUUGUGGCAAUAGAGCCAAAGGGACCGGCAGUGUACUUUCCAAAAUACACGGUCACACUCCUUCUUUCUGCUCCGCACCAUAGGAAAAACCAGGCGAGCUUCAGAGUUCCCUCUCACAUUACCAAAUUCGAUCUGUACCAGUAUCUUACCAAAAUCUAUGGAUUGAAUAUUUUGAAAAUCUCUACGUAUAACUUUAUACCGAAAUAUUACAAAGAAAAUGGGGUCGAUACCCGCACUCGUGCAUGGAAAAAAGCAAUCGUUGAUCUAGACCACGAAUUUGAGUUCCCCUCUAUGCCAUCUUCAAAGCCUUCCCUCAAAGAAGACGAAAGUAAAAAUAAAAAUGCCGAAAAAGAAGAGAAGCAGGGGCAAUCCUUUAUACAGCAGGAAAAGAAGCUUACCAAAAAGGAUCUCAUACAAAGACCUCAUAGACCUGCAUUCAAGCUGAGAAAAAGAAGAGGGCUUCGUUCCCUUUUGGCUGCCAUGCAGACAGCAAAAAUCCGGAAAAUUCCAAGAAAACGCUCCAAAAGCAAAUAUGCGACAAAGCCUUUGGUACAGCAGCCUCCAAGCAUAGCGAUUCCCUCUUCAAAGCUUAAACGUUCGCUGACCAAAAAGAUAAAAAGAAAAGAUCGUCGAAUGAUGCCUAGAAUUAUCGUCGAUUCUAUUCGAGACGUUCCAAAGGAACACUUCUAA